AUCUAGUCGCCGUGCCUUUAGCUGGUUACAGUCUCACUAAGGGUUUCACCAGUUGGCAGUGCUGCAGCUGUGCCACAAUAAAAAGAGCAGAAUAUCUGUAUUUUGGGCAGAGGCCAGCAAUGGCUACUAUCCUGGCAAACGUGGGCCGAUUGGGGGCUAUGUGAUUGCUGCAUUUGCCCGAGGGCUGUGGGACCUGUUUAUUCACAAUUGCACAAGACUUUUUCUCGUUACCCCCAAGAGCGGAUCUCUCUAGCGCUUACCCACAAUGCCCCUGCGGAACACUCGCCAGUUAUUGGUGGCUGCUGGCGAUACGGUGACUGGAGCCUCGGCAGAGUUGCCCCCGUGGGUGGGGCGCCACAGACGGUGCAGUAGAAGGGGACUGGCAGCCGCGGGCACUGCCCACAAGCAGGACUCUCUCUUACGUCUGUGCCAGGAGAGACACUUCAUAUCCGGGGGGGCCCCGAGCCACACGUCCCUGCUGCAGGGGGGCCACAGUCUGGGGCCCCUGGGGGUGGAACUGAGGCGCAACCUGCUGUCCCAGUGGUGGAACUCGGUGGUGUUACACAGAGAGCAGGUUCUAGCCAUUGAUACUGCCCUUCAGCUGCCCAACCCGUCUAUUGCCCCAGAGGCGCCCCUACUGGCCAUAUGUACUCAGCACUUACUGGGGCUCCCCCCACAGCAGCGGGGCACGUGCCUGGGGGGUCCUGUGGGGAAGUGUGGGGUCCUGCGCCAUGAGCUGCUCUACGGUGCCUUGAUGGAAUACGUCCCCUCCAUGGAGCUGCUCAAUAAAAAGCUGCCGUUUGGCCUCGCCGAGAUCGGAAAAUGCUUUCACCCUAUUCCAGAAGUGGCCAAUGAGGGCACCAUUCCCCCCAGAAUAGGAGAGAGGACAGUGGCCUCCCUUGUCUGGUUCAUUUCCCCAAAAUCCUCAGGGCAGUGGCAGGAUUACUGGCUCCGGCACCGACUCCAGUGGUGGCAAAAGUUUGCUCAGAGCCCGUCGGGGUUCGGCUGCAGGGAGAUUGAGCAGGAGGGACAGGGAGGGAAGAUCUCAGUGAUUCAGUACGAGUUCCCCUGGGGAAGAGAGACCAUUGAGACCCUGUGCAGUAUGGAUGACUCUGCCCUGUUACAGAUGCAUUCUGGGAGCAGCACCAAACUCCAGGCUCGAGAUGGGCGCAAGUGGGUGGUGCCACAUGUGCUGUGGGUGAGUGGAGACCUAGACAGGGGGCUUCUUGCCUACCUUUCAGAUGCCCUGCAGCAGACGGAGGGCCCCCCAGUGCGUGGCCGCUACCAGCAAAGGGAGGUCCUGAAGUUGCACCCCACGCUGGCACCCAUUAAAGUGGCUGUGGAUAUGGGGAAAGGUCCCACUGGUGAAUUACGGCUGGUGUGCCAAGGCCUUUCCACUGAGCUGCGGGAACAUGGAGUGUAUGUGUGGCCCGGCUACCAGGAAUCCCUGCAAGGCUCCUUGGAGCAGCUCUAUACAAAGUAUGACCAGAUGGGAGUCCUAUUCACAGUGCUGGUGAGUGAGGCCACGCUGGAGAAUGGGUUGCUACAGGCGCGCAGCCGAGAUACCGCCCUCAAGGAGACCGUGCAUGUAUCCAAGCUGAAGGAUUUCCUGCUCACAUACAUUGCUGCAGCCACACACCUGUGAUGGGCACAAUAAAGAGCAACUUCUGUCCCA